UCAAAUUGUGCUUGUUCACAACAUGGGUCGGAAGAAGGUUAGGUUGGAGCUGAUCACGAACGACUCGGUCCGGAAGACGACCUUCCGGAAGAGAAAGGGUGGGCUGCUGAAGAAGGCGAGCGAGCUCAAGACGCUGUGUGGGGUCGAUGCCUGCGCGCUGAUCUACACCGCGAACGAUGCGGAGCCCCACGUCUGGCCGUCACCGGCAGAGGCUCACCAGGUACUCGAGAGGUUCCAGAGCCUGCCCACCAAGAAGCAGGGAAAGCACAUGCUGAACCACGAGGACUAUCGCCCUAAGGACGUGUCGAUGCUGGAGCUUAAGCUCGAAAACGGGAUGAAUCGGAACCGCGAUCUCGAGAUCGAGCUGCUGUUGAUGGAUCACCUUUCGGGUAAGAAUGUGGUUGAUCUGAUGGAGAUGGAUGAGAUGAAAAUAUUGUAUGAGGCUGUGGAUGACAAGAUCAAAGAUCUAACCCUUCGGAUGGACAACCUUAAGGGGUUUAAGGUCGAGGAAGAUGCGCACAGCGUGGUUCCGGCCAAUUGAAUCUUCUUCUGGUACGAGAAUCAAAGAGCUUAAGAGGAUUUAACAGUGCAAAAUUCAACGUGCCCUUGAUGAACUUUCAUUUUUUCUUUUUAUCUUAUUAAUUAAUAAGCCAAUAUUUCUGGGAUUGAAUAAUGUGCACAACAUUUAUUAGGAAGCCUUAUGAACUUCCUUUUAUGCACUUAUUUGUCUUGCUUUCGAGUUGAUUUUUAUGGAGUUGUUGGCAUUUCUUGAACAGAUUAUCUGCAUUAGGCUUUGUGUGU